GUUAACCUAUUUUAUUUUACACAUUUUAAUCAUUAUAUUUAUAUAUGAUAUAUGCAUGAUACUUGAUGAUACUAUGAACUAAAGUAUCAUGGUUAUCGUUAUUUAAGUUGUUAGCUAUGGAAGUUAAAGAUGAAAUUAAGAAAGAGUUUGAUGAUUAUGACCAAAACUAUAUGGAGACUCAGUUAUCCACAUCAAUAAAUCUGGAAAACUUGAAAAAUGAACAAGAGGAAGAACUUCUAGGUUGUCCCAAGGAGGAGAACAAGAUGACACUGAAAAAAACAUUAACAGAACAUUCAUCUCUUGAGGAAAAAUAUCGGAUUCAACACCAUGAAGAUAGUACAUUAAAUACUAAUACAAAAAUUCAAACUUCACAAGGACUUUACAAAUGUGAAAUUUGUUCCAAACAUUUUUCUCAGCAAGCUCGUUUGAAAAAUCAUUUGAUAACACACUCUGAAGAAAAACCAUUUAAGUGUGGAAUUUGUGUUAAACAGUUUUCUUCAAAAAGAUAUUUGAAAAAACAUUUGAUAACACACACUGAAAAAAAUCCCUACAAGUGUGAAAUUUGUGUUAAACAAUAUACUUCGAAAAGUUCUUUGAAAAUACAUUUGAGGACACACACUGGAGAAAAACCCUUCGAGUGUGAAAUUUGUUUUAAACAGUUUGCUCGGAGAAGUCUUCUGAAAAUUCAUUUAAUGAUACACACUGGAGAAAAACCUUUCGAGUGUGAAAUUUGUUUUAAACAGUUUGUUCGGAGAUAUCUUCUGAAAAUUCAUUUAUUGACACACACUGGAGAAAAACCUUACAAGUGUGACAUUUGUUUCAAGCAGUUUUCUCAGCAAAUUUAUUUGAAAAAACAUUUGAUAAUACACUCUAAAGAAAAAACUUACAAGUGUGAAAUUUGUUUCAGGCAGUAUUUCCAUCAAAGCAAUUUGAAAAGACAUAUGUUAUUGAUACACACUGGAGCAACCUUCGAAAAUCCAUACACGUGUGAAAUUUGUUCCAAACAGUUUUCUGAGCAAGUUAACUUGGAAAAACAUUUGAUAACACACAGUGGAGAAAAACCCAAUAGUUGUGAAAUUUGUUUCAAAAAAUUUUCUUGUCAAAGUAAUUUGAAAACACAUUUGACAACACACACUGGAGAAAAACCCUACCAGUGUGAAAUUUGUUUUAAACAGUUUUCUCGGCAAUUGUAUUUGAAAAGACAUUUAUUAAUACACAUUGGAAAAAAAUCUUUUAAGUGUGAAAUUUGUUUCAAGCUAUUUGUUCAUACAAGUGAAUUGAACAGGCAUAUGAGAACACACACUGGAGAGAGGCCUUUUAAGUGUGAAAUUUGUUAUAAGCGCUUUUCUCAUAGACCUACUUUAAAUAACCAUUUGCGUAUUCACACUGAAAAACCUUAUAAGUGUGAGAUUUGUUCUAAGCAGUUUACUCGAGCAUACUAUUUGAAAACUCAUUUGAUAACACACACUGCAGAAAACCGCUACCAGUGUAAAAUUUGUUUUAAGCAGUUUACUCAUCAAAGUUAUUUGAAAAGGCAUUUAAUGACACACACUGGAGAAAAACCCUAAAGUGUCAAAUUUGU